CAUCAUAAUCCAGACCAGAAAUAGAUAGAAUAAAUCUGCAACGGCUGCUUCUGUCUGAGCUCCAACUCUUUCAUUCAUGUUCCAAUUCACAUGAAUUUUUUUGUUAGUGUAAGAGGAAUGUCUGUUCCACACACUCCCUUGACUCAUUUUCCCAGCAAUUAUUAUUCAAGGCAACAAUUGUUGAGCAAUAUGGUCGAUUCCGCCUGUACAUUUUCCCCUCCAACAACACUGCACGUGCUUUCUCACGUGUCAAAGGAAGCAAUCCCCAAAUUAACAACGUUGGUUUGUUCCGUUCUCCCCAUUGAUGAAGUUCGGAUAAGUGUUGUUGAUGAUGGAGAGCACAAUGUGUUAAAAUCUUGUGUUAAAGAAGAUUCUUCUGAUGUUUUCAGCAAUGGGAAUGGAGUUUAUGACUCUAUAAUCUCCCCCUGCAAAAAAGUUGUCAAGGAGAGGAUGAGAAGAAUGAGAAUAGGACUUGCGAACAAAGGAAAAGUACCUUGGAAUAAGGGAAGGAAACACACAACAGAGACACGCGAGCGAAUCAGGAUGAGAACAUCAGAGGCUUUGAGGGACCCCAAGGUGAAGAAGAAGAUGACUGAACAUCCCCGUUGUCAUAGUGAUCAAAUCAAGGCAAAGAUAAGUAAUUCGUUAAGACGGGUAUGGCAAGAGCGGCUGAAGUCAAAGCAGGUGGGGAGGCUAUUUUUCCUCUUAUGGGAACAAAGCAUAGCAAAUGCUGCCAAGAAAGGAGGGAGUGGUGAGAAUGAGCUAGAUUGGGACAGCUAUGAUGAGAUAAAAGAACAACUCGAGGUUGACGGAAUUCUGCAGACAGAAGAAAAGGAAAAACAAAAGCGGAUGGCAAUUGCUGGAGCAAAGAAAUUUAUUCAGUCGUGGAAGGAAAACAUAGCAAAAGAAGCUAAGAAAGGAGGGAAUGGAGAACAAAAACUAGAUUGGGAUAGUUAUGAAAAGAUAAAAGAAGAAAUGGUUAUCCUCAAUCAGCUUCAGCGUACUACAGAGAAGGCAAAGGCGAAAGAGAUGGCAAAAGUGAAAGCGGAGAAAGAAGCACGGAUAAAAGCAAUAAAAAAGGUAAUGCUUACUCAAAAGAAAAAAGAUCUCCGGGAGAGGAGUAAAGCGAGAGAGAAUGUAAAGAGUCAAACAUACCAAAAUGCAGAAGAAGACAGUCAUGCCUUGGAAGUUACUCAAGAGUUCAAACUUGGCUCUAAAUUAACUAAGAAUCACGUAAGUAACAACAUCAGCAGUGAAGUAGCUAGAGAAGAAGACAUUAUUUAUUCAGAUUUUGCAAAUCACAGUACAUUGGAUUUAGAACUCAUCAGAAGAGAGAAAAUGCAGAAAAAAGUGUCACUUGCAGAUCAGAUCCAAGCUGCUAAACUCAUAAAGGGGAAACUCUACUGAUAAGUGAUAAGGAAUCUUCUUCGCGCUCUAACUACUGGUUUAAUUGAAAUAUUAUGUAUGUCUUUUAUAGUCUCUAUGUUGUGACAAAUUGUGAUAUCUGUGCUUUAACUUGGUUUUGGAUUUCAGCUUCUUAUUCCUAUUCUCUUUUCUCCA